GUCAGCUGUUCGUGACGUACCCAUGGCAAACAUACUGGCACCCCGCACGGGGUUUGAUCGUCGAUUCUCCUCUCUACAGCUUACAGAUGAAAAAUCUCUCUCCAAACUCGAGGCACGGUUAAGCGACAGUGAGACAUAGACAUCUUGUCUAAGAUUCCAUCUACGGUUUACCUCCCGGGGAUGUCUCAGAUAAACACUGUCGCUCCCAUCGUGUAGUCAGCCGAAGGCGUCGAAGGACAGACGGACGGGCGGGUAGACAGCUGAAACGCGGCCGGUACAACAAUCCAAAUCAACAUCGAAGCAGAUCAAGAGGUCGCAGAGCACCCAGCAGUUCCCUCCAGCAGUCUGUCCAACAUCCGUGCAGUAAGGACGAGGAUGAGAGGUUUCAGCUGCUAUGUAGCGGUGACGUUGCUACUCCUUGUCAGUGAAUGGAAAGUAAGCCAAGCAAACGGCCGGAUAGGACUUACCUUGCCAGAACGAGUCAACACAAUUCUAGACGACCCUGUGACUCUCACCGCCACCUUCGAGACAAAUCGUCGUCUUCUCUACCUUUCUUGGGUCAAGGUCGACCCCAAGGACGCCUUAAAGAGGGUUCCCGUCUUCACCUAUCAUACUGCGAGCGGCUCGGAGGCUUAUGGGUACUACGAGGGACGCGUGGAGCUUGUCGGGAAGGCUUCUCUGAAGAUUGAGCCAACCAGGAUGGAGGACGAGGGGCAGUACAUGCUGAACGUCAUGAUAGAAGGGCUUGGGAACGAGGAGCAGGUGACGCAGCUCCAUAUCAUGGUGCCUCCGACUGUUGAAGUAGGACCCUACUCCCCUUACGUCACGACCUAUCGCCGGACAGUGACUCUGACAUGCGCAGUGAGUGGCGCGAAGCCGAACAUAUCCUCCCUGCACUGGGAAAAAGAUGGCGCACGCGUGGAAACCAUUGGCUUCACCGGGAAGUACUCCGGAGGAAACAUGGCCUCCCCCUCAUUACUCAUUCAUCACGUGACCAGGGCUGACACGGGGUCAUACGCCUGCAUUGCUGAUCACGUGGUUAGACCCUCCGCGGCCAGUCUCCGCCUGGAAGUAUUAUACCCUGCUUCGAUCAUAAGCGUGUCAGAGUCUCUCUCAGUGGACGAAUCAGAGCGCGCGACGCUGCAGUGUGUGGCGGACGGUAACCCGACACCAAACAUCACGUGGACAAAAGAAGGCACGCGCCUGCGCACUGUGACGCAACCGCUAUCGUCCGAUGUUCUGGCUUGUUCGGUGGUGUUCCUCAGCGUUCAGGUCAACGACUCUGGAACGUACGAGUGCCUGGCAACCAAUGGGGUUGGAGAGGCGGACAGGAGAAUCGCAAAACUUACCGUAAGAGAAACUAAUGUGGAUGACCGUAACUACAUCUGGGCGAUCAUGGUGGGCGCCAUUGCUGGCGGACUGUGGAUUCUGGUGUGCUCCGGUCUGACGCUUUACAUCCUCAAACGGCGGCGAGACAGGCGCGAGAAGAAAAAGUACGCCUUCUACUACAACAUGGGGAAACAGGAGGACGGCAAGGACACGCUCGGACCGCCGACUGUAGACCUACCAGAGUACCUGACGAAAACUGAAGAGACUGUCGAAAACCUGUAUGCAAAGCCAAUUAAGAGUAAUUACUCUGGAAUUGAGACCAUGAGGAAGACUGCACAUAAGAAGGGCAGGAGAUUUGCAAAAGCUGUAUACUCUUACAACGCCAUGGAAGAGAACGAGCUGCAUCUGGAGGUCGAUGACGUCAUCGAGGUGCUGGAGGGGGAAGAUGGCGGCUGGUGCUUGGGUUACCUGCGUGGGAGAAUAGGGCUGUUCCCGUCCAACUACGUCACCUUCCUGCCUGCCGGAGAGGCUUCAAAAAUGACGGAGGACCUGUACCCAAAUUUGGACAGCGUGAGGAGUACUCCGUGCAGACAGUCCAGGCGGAAGGCUACGACCCCAGAGAAGACUGGUGCCAGUAGAGAGAUGGGUCAGCUGAAGAAGAUCGACUGUGUGGAGAUAUAAUAAGAGAGCCCUUUACCUGCUGUACAUAUACUGUAUGGACGUUAUGCGGCUCACGACAAGCUCAUGGAUGCACACCGUUUGCCUUGGUUUAAACAACAGGAACCACCUGGAUCGUUCUCGAAACGUCAUUGGGCAGUAAAGCUAAGGGCACAACCGGCCGUGCGUACAAUUUGUCCUUACG